GUCACCUCCGCCCUGAUGUCUGCAGAGGCAGCUGCAUCCAUGUGUGACCUGGAGUUUGGUGGCAUCAAGGUGAAGGAGCCCAGCGAGGGGGGCAGGUGGCGUGGGUGCUGGUACGAGCGGUUUGUGCAGCCCUGCCUGGUUGAACUGCUGGGCUCUACCCUGUUCAUCUUCAUCGGCUGCCUGUCGGUCAUCGAGAACGGGACCGACACUGGGCUGCUGCAGCCGGCACUGGCCCAUGGGCUGGCCCUGGGCUUGGUCAUCGCCACGCUGGGGAGUAUCAGUGGUGGACACUUCAACCCUGCAGUGUCCCUGGCAGCCAUGCUGGUCGGAGGCCUCCACCUGAUGAUGCUCCUUCCCUACUGGAUCUCCCAGCUGUGUGGGGGGCUGAUCGGGGCCGCCUUGGCCAAGGCGGUGAGUUCCGAGGAGAGGUUCUGGAACGCGUCUGGGGCAGCCUUCGUGACAGUCCAGGAGCCCAGGCAGGUGACGGGGGCAGUGGUGGCAGAGAUCGUCCUGACGACGCCGCUGGCACUGGCUGUCUGCAUGGGCACCAUAAACGAGAAGACUCAGGGCCCUCUGGCCCCAUUCUCCAUCGGCUUCUCUGUCACCGUGGACAUCCUAGCAGGGGGAGCUGUGUCUGGAGCCUGCAUGAAUCCUGCCCGUGCCUUUGGACCGGCUGUGGUGGCCAACCAUUGGGACUUCCACUGGAUCUACUGGCUGGGCCCACUCCUGGCCAGCCUGCUUGUAGGAGUGCUCAUCAGGUUCUUCAUUGGAGAUGGGAAAACCCGCCUAAUACUAAAGGGGCAGUGA